GAAGGCUGUACAUACAUAUGGAUGUUGUCCAAUACGGUGUCCGGGCGCUUAAUGACCUCAACGCUAGAAGGGGCAGGUGCACUGCGAUACCAUUUGGCAUUGGGCAGCGGCUUUCCACCGACACAGAACAGCGAACAUUACCUCUAUGACCACGCGCGGUUAAUACUUGACUGCAAUCGUCGAACGUCUUGAAGGAAUAGUUCUCUCGGCUGUCUGGUGCAGGGACUGGUGUAAGGCGAAGAUGGGCAGGCUCACUUUCGAGGUCGAUGAUGCGGAACUCUUGAAGACCUACAGCAUAUCCUCUCUUGCGCCGAAGAAAUGGGAGGAGGUCGAUCACGAGAAGGACAACUCCCUCGCAGGCAUGUUGACAGGCAGCGGUGAGGGCGAGCAGGAUCCAUUGGGCCUCCAGGAUGUCAUCGAUGUGCGAGACAUGGACCUCGAAACGAAGACCGCGGUCCUCAUCUCGUCCAAGUCGUUCAACCCAAAGGCAUUCUUAAACGCGGUCCACCCCAAUGCGACCUACCACGACCUCGCUGCAGGAAUCCAGCAUCUGCGGUCGUCCAUUGAUGCCCGUUCCGAAGCAGUGAAGGUGCUCGUAGAGGAGCACUUCAAUCGGUUCGUCGCCGUGAAGGCUUCCACAGAUGCCCUAUACGCGGAAAUGCAGGAGGGUCUCCUAGCGGAGAAGUCUGAGUUCGGCUCAAGACCGGCCAGAGACCACAUCAAGCAGGCUGCUCAGAAGGCAGAUCAAGUCUUUCUCCCUGUCCUGGAAAACGCCAUGAAAGCCCAGAAGCUGCGCACUACGUUGGGUGUAUUCGAACGGUCCAAGUUCUUCUUCAGUUUGCCUGGAACCCUCAUUGAGUUGAUCGAAGCGGGACGCUACGAGGCAGCACUGCGAGACUACAAGAAAGGCAAGUUCCUGCUAGAGACAAGACCCGGGCAGAUAUUGCCCGUAGGUCCGAGAGAUGCUCAAGGGUCCAGCGCGGAGUCACAGCAGAGGAAGAUCCUCAACAAGGUCUGGGGCACCGUGGAGAAGGUGAUGGGCGAGAUGAAGAACCAACUUCUCACAAAAUUGCAAGAGCCCGCGCGCGGCGUAGACGAGCAGGAGAAGACCAUUGAGAUUCUGCUCGAGCUCAACCCUUCAGAUGAUCCGGUGUGGACAUACCUAGACGCGCAACACAAAUAUAUCAUCAACCACAUGCAAGAAACCUACACGACUUCCGUGGAACAUAUUCGGUCCGUUCACAACGCUGCGCUGCCUGUCAUCCGAAGUCCGGACACACUUCCUGGCAUCCUCGCUGGCCAGCUCCAAACAUGUAUUGCGGCAUUAGAAGCAAAACAAGGGGACGUAGUGAUUGCGCAGGCAGGGGCAAUCGAGGUCUGGGCAGCCGUCCUAGGAAUGGUGAAGAAUGUAUCAGAGGUUAUGCUCGCCGCAUUGCCCAACUUCUGGCGGAUCGCUAGGGGCUUCCUCGAUGGGAAGUUGAAGAAGAGUCCGAACACCGGCGGCGGUGCGCGGCGCAGUCCUUCACAGUGUCGCACGAUGGCCCUGGACAUUGUGAAGUUGUACAUCUCGCUGUUGUCCGAGGUCUUCAUGUUCUCUGACAGCCGCGUAUCAUCGCCGCCCAAUACCGUGGCGGAAGCGACGCCGCCCCUACUUCCCCGCGAUUCGAAUUCACUAACGACUGCUCACCAGCUCAUGAGGGUCAUUGGCGAGAUACAGGACAGUGUCAACGAUGUGAACGGCAUGGAUAUCGCGAACGAAGCGAGCUCUAGUCUGAAGGGCCUCCUGGAGAGCGCGAGGUGGAAGUUCGAAGAUAUAGUCAUCCAUGGCUGGCUCAGAGACGCCAAUAUAUUCUAUCACCUGGAGGAAUGGAUAGGAUCCAUCGCUGACCCGUUUACGACACUCUACCUCUCCAAGCUGCGCGCAUUCCAGAAGGAGAUGUCCGCGUGUACCUUCAAGAUCGCCGGCGGAGUUGAUCUGUCGUCCUCCGCUGCGACGUCUUCGUCCCGUUUAGUUAAGCGGAAAGCUGUCGCCCCGGAAUUCACCUCCAAGAUCACGAAGGCUUUCCUGGACUCGCUGUUCGCAGUACUCGAUGGCCUCGUGCAUCUAGCAUCCGAUGAGUCACCACCCGGUGCUGCACUACCAACCGCUGUAUCCGAAGUCACCGGAGCGACGAAAGCCAACCCAUUGGAGCUAGUCAAUAUACAGGACACCGACAACAGGAUACUGCUCGUGGUAUCGAAUAUCGAUCAUCUGAAGCGCAUAUUGAUUCCCAAUAUGGCCACUGAGCUGGGGAACAGUCUAGGCGUGUCUAUGGAGGAAGACAAACGUACGCUCAUGUCGGUCGUGCAGGAACUCGACAAGACGCUGUUCCAGAGUUACGUCAAGCCCAAGUCCGGCGCGCUAAUGGGCAUGGUACGGAAUGGGGUCCUUGACCCCCAGAUGGAUUGGUACGAAACCCCACAACCAAGAGAGAUCCGUCCGUAUAUCUUCGAGAUCCUCAUGUUCCUUGUCGGUGUGCACGCUCAAGUUAGCGCGGCAGCAGCUCCGCUGCUGGAACGCACCCUCAAUGCGCUCGUAGAAGAUGUUGCCGAGGAGGCGCUCCGCUGUUUCCGCCAGGUGAAGCGCUUCGGAAUGGGUGGCAUGCUUAGGGCCACGCUUGAGAUUGAGUUCCUUCACCAAACGCUCUCGCGUUACGUCACUCCCUCCGCGGACCAGACGCUUUCGGAUUUAUACACGAAGAUCUCGCAGGCAUACGCGCGCCGACCCGGCGACGAGAACUUGCAAGCCAACCUGGACGGCGUGAAGAAGACCCUGGCGGAUACGCGCCGUGCCACCGGAAUCGAAUUCUUAUGCUUUAGGCAGACGAAGGAUAAAGCCAAAAAGGAGGGCACUUCCGGCGGGUCGAGGACCAGGGAGAAGAGACGGGAGAAGCAGCCAGAAGCAGGGGGUUAACCAUUCCAGCGGGUCUGGCUCACUCAGUGGGCUUUCUCCGGAGACCCUCGGUGCCUGCCUUGCCAAAGGGGCUAAACGUGCACCUCAUUCGUACUGAUGCGUCUUAUAGACAACUCCGGAACCUUACGAUACCUCGGAUGGAU